AUGAGUGGGGCUAGGGAAUAGAAGCUGUCCGUAGGCUUCGAGGACAUUGUCCCUGCCAGGGUACAGUCAUCAAGUCGCUAAUCCACAGUCCUGGAAUCUUCACGAAGCCUGUGCCGGUUAGUUGAACUGCUGAGAGAAGCCAUGUCUGCAGCACCAGGCAGGCCAAAGAUUCAACCAGAGCCCUGCCUGGGGCUGGGAGGCCGGAGCCAGUGUCUUGGUCUCUUGCUUGUGCUCCUGUCUCUCCUUGACGUCUCCUGGACAGAGGUGCAGACACCCCAGCAGGCUCCAACUCUCCAAGCCCUGAGCAGGAAGGAGAGUUUCUUAAUCCUCUCCCUGCACAACCGCCUGCGAAGCCAGGUCCAGCCUCCUGCAGCCAACAUGCAGAGAAUGGAUUGGAGCGAGAGCCUGGCCCGAAUAGCUCAAGCCAGGGCAGCCCUCUGUGGCAUUUCAGCCACCCCAAACCUGGCAUCUGUCCCACGGCACACCCCACAGGUGGGCUGGAAUGUGCAGCUAUUGCCCCUGGGCUCGGCAUCCUUUGUUGAAGUGGUCAACCUCUGGUUUGCCGAAGGGCUGCAGUAUAGACAUGGGGACGCUGAGUGUGCCCACAAUGCCACCUGCACCCACUACACCCAGCUUGUGUGGGCCACCUCCAGCCAGCUGGGCUGUGGGAGGCAUCUAUGCUCUGUGGACCAGGCAGCCAUGGAAACCUUUGUCUGUGCCUACUCCCCUGGAGGCAACUGGGACGUGAACGGAAAGACAAUCUCCCCUUAUAAGAAAGGCUCCUGGUGUUCACUCUGCACAGCCAGUGUCUCGGGCUGCUUCAAGGCUUGGGAUCAUGCAGGAGGCCUCUGUGAGGUCCCCAGAAACCCAUGUCGCGUGAGCUGCCGAAAUCACGGAUAUCUCAACAUUAGCACUUGUCUCUGUCACUGUCUUCCUGGCUACACAGGGAGGUACUGCCAAGUGCGGUGCAGUGUGCAGUGUGUGCAUGGCCGGUUCCGGGAGGAAGAAUGCUCCUGUAUCUGCGAUGUCGGCUAUGGGGGAGCCCAGUGUGCCACCAAGGUGCACUUCCCUUUUCACGCCUGUGACCUAAGGAUUGAUGGAGACUGCUUCAUGGUGUCUUCUGAGGCAGACACCUAUUACGGAGCCAAGAUGAAAUGUCAGGGAAAAGGUGGGGUACUAGCCCAGAUCGAGAGCCAGAAAGUACAAGACAUCCUUGCCUUCUACCUGGGCCGCCUGGAGACCACCAACGAGGUGACUGACAGCGACUUUGAGACCAGGAAUUUCUGGAUUGGCCUCACCUACAAGGCAUCUAAGGACUCCUUCCGCUGGACUACCGGAGAACACCAGUCCUUCACCAGUUUUGCCUUUGGGCAGCCUGACAACCAGGGGUUUGGAAACUGUGUGGAGAUGCAGGCAUCUGCUGCCUUCAACUGGAAUGACCAACGUUGUAAAACUCGAAACCGUUAUAUAUGUCAGUUUGCUCAGAAGCACAUUUCCCUGUGGGAGCCAGGGCCCUGAGCCUGGCCGAGCAGCUCCUGCCAUCCCCGAGUGCACGAGUCAGUUUGCCUGACUGCUCAUCUGUGUGAAACAAGGGCCUGGCUGGGACUGAAGGUCCAACAUCUACAGAGGUCUCAGAACUUGCGCAAUGCUGGACAUUGGGUAAGGG